GCAACGAUGCGUUUAAAGUCGAUAAGAAGAAGCAAAUCGGUAAUAGGACAGGACCGUACGAGAGUGCGAUGCGAUGCGAAUGUGAGUGACUGAGGGAGUAGGAUUGUUUUUGCUUCUUCCAUUUUGAGCCUCAGCGUUUCCACUUUCCUCUCACAUGGAGUACCAUAGAGAUCGGGUGUAGAAAUCUUGCUUCUCCGUGGUCUUAUUCUCAAUGGAACCUAUUGGUAAAGAAGAAAAAAUUGCUUGUGUGAUUGGUGACCGAUCAACUAGUGAUGUUGAUGUGAGGCUACGCACACAGGAAGGUCGAGAUGAUUGGCUAUACUGCCACUCAGAGAUUCUUGUGAAGAAUUGCAAGUAUUUUGCCGAUCGGUUGUCUGAGAACUGGCCAACAUGUCAGAUCCUUGAUUCACGCAACUGUGUUGAUGUCUAUUGCCAAGAGUUGAAUUUUGAUUACCAUGUAAAUCUUAUACGCCUUCUCUACAUUGUCGUAGAUAGUUCAGUUGAUGAUUUGUGGCAUGGUGUUAGGAAUUCCCUUGGCAUUCUCCAGGUCGCAGUUGAGCUUGGAUGCCCACAAAUUGUAACUGCCUGUGUGAAUUACUUAGAAGCGGUGACAUGGGAAGAGGCUGAGGAGGAUGAGAUAUUGAAAAUUGUACCUCGAAUGGGAUUACAGGCAGAGCCUAUCCUAGCUAGACUUCAACCAGUUAACCAGUCUGCUAUUGUAAACAUCUUUGUCUCUGCCCUCCGCUUUGCUACAUCAUCCCCACCUCCACAAAUGAAUGAUCUUAAAUCUUCAGCGCAAGAGCAACUUGAGUACAUGCUAACUGAAGAUGAUGAUGCCCCUUUGUUGACAGCUGAUGACAACAUAAAACUUGAGGUAAAAGAAUGUGUAAACAGACUAUUUUCCCAGUUUAAUGACUCAUUAACAGCUUUGUUCUGUGGUUCCACAGAAUCACUCUCUGGGGCUGGAAAUAUUCAGUUGUUUAAAUCCUAUUUGACUGAUUUGUCAUGGGCUUGUCAGAUAUUGAGUAAGUUGGAAAUUAUGAGGGAAUUUGUCGUGUAUUGGUUUGAUGCAUCGGAUAAGAUUGUCAAGGUGCUUGAACAAGGAAGUUCUACAACUGAAGUAAUUGAGAUAAAAUUAAGAGCUAUUGAGGUGACAUCCAAGGUGUUAGAGGCAAUUGGGUAUGGCACUGUUAUAUUGCCAACUGCAAAACGCCUUCAGGUCUUGAAAGUGUGGCUUCCAUUUGUGAGGGUUACAAAACCAUUGAUUGAUUCUGUCACCAUGAAUUGUGAGAAUGCCAUGCUGCUUAAAUUAGAUGGUGAAAUGUGGCAAUCCUUAGAAUCCACAUUUGUCUCCAUCAUUCUUGCAUUGCCAUCAGGGGAUCAGGCAGAGGUUUUAACUGAGUGGCUGGAUAACGAGUACAUGCAGUAUCCAGACUUAACUGAGGCAUUUGAAGUGUGGUGUUAUAGGUCCAAGGUUGCCAAGAGAAGACUAUCAUUGCUAGAGGAUGAGCAUGCCAUGACCAACUCAUUUUGAUGCUUUCACAAAUUCUGUUUCUUUAUAUUAGACUACUAAACUAAGAUUUUUCUACCUUGUCAAGGCAUUUAAAGAGAUCAUCUCUUUUUUGCACAUGAAUGGAAUUUUGUGUAGGAGGCGUUUAAAAUCUCCAUUUCUCAUCAAUUCAAUGUAAAUUAUGGUAAAGAAUUUGUAAAAUGUUGUAGUUUCUAACUAUGAACAGUAAACGAUGUAUUUUUUAAAUAACUGAUUAAAUAGUAAGCAAAAUGAUGAUACUAUACUUGUU